AUGCGUCUCUCCACUACAGCCAAUUCAAAUCCCAACCCAAAUCCUCCCACCAUCAACCCGACAACCCCCCACGCAGAGAGCAAAGAAUCCUUCUCCGAGCACCAGAGCUUCUUCGAGCGCACACUCCAGCCUCAUCACCACCACGAGGCGCAACAACAAGAGAAACCCGUCCUCGAGCGCCGCGAGAGCCAGGAGGACAUUGAGAUCGCGAUCCCCGCUCAGCCGCAGCAUCAUCGCCGGAGGUCUUCCACGCUGCAAAGGCUCAAGGAGUAUAUGCGCAAUGAGGAGGAACUCGAUGAGGCGGGGAAGAUUUAUGCCAAGUUGAUGUGA